CUCAGAGAAGGGGAGAGGUCGGUCCGUUAGUUGGACAAUGCGUUGAAGAGAUCCAGUCCAGUAGGAAGCAUCUGCAACGAUCCAUCCAUCCAUCCAUCCGGCCAUCCAUCCAUCCAGCUCAUGUCGAACCGUUCCGAUGGGCAGCCUGAGCCUGAGGAGCCUCAGGCGAUGGACGUGGACGUGGACCCCAGCGAGGCGGCUGCCAGUGGUGCGGCUGCUGCUGCCCCGCCGCCGUGCCGAAAGUCGCAGCGGGUCAUCAAGAAGAAGGCUCCGGUAGACGACGAGGAGGACGAGGCGCCCCUGGCGAAGCGCAAGAAGCGCGACAACAAGAAGGAGAAGCCGAAGGCCAAGUCUGCGGCUCAGACUCAGAGUGCGGGAGGCACUAAGAAGGGCAACAAUGGAGGGGCGGCUGGUGGUGCUGCAGCUGCAGGGGGUAGGAAGGGCAAGCAGGUCAGGCUUGGGGAGGGGGAAGGGGAUGAGGAUGAGGAGGACGAGGAGGAGGAGCAGAUGAAUGACGAUGACUAUGACCUCUGCUGCCUCGUCUGCGGACAGGUCGGGAGGGAGGGAGGGAGGGAGAGGGAGGGGGGGAUGCAGAUCAGUUCUGUUCGUUGGCUGCGCAUGGUUGUGUGGUUGUGUGGUUGUCUGUGUUGUGUGCGCAGGGCGGCAAUUUCGUGUGUUGCUACGCAUGCCCCCGCGUGUACCACCUCGAGUGCAUCGGACACAACCGGUCGGUCGGUAUGCGGACAAAACCACACCACACCACACCCCCACAGAUCAACGCGUCUUCCUGUCCUCCUCCCUCCCUCCUUGUCUUGUCUUCUGUUCCACUGGACCAUAUGGACCAUGCCAUGCAGUGCCUCCCGGGAGCGUGACUGGCUGUGCGGGUGGUGUGACGGCUCCGACUACUCCCCAUCCAGCAACAAGCGCCAACACCACCAGCAGCAGCACAAGAACAAGGCCAGCCCCACACAGCCACCACCAGAACCGGCCAUCGGUCUCCCACCGCCCCCUCCCCCAAAUCAGGCCAGCGCCGCGGCUGCGGCUGCGGCUGUUUCGAGCUCCAGCAGCUCGUGUGCCGCCGCCAAUGUGGCCAUGGGCGCCACAGCCACAGGCGGGGAGGGGGCUGCCGAGGGAGAGCCGGGGGAUCAGAAACAGGUGUGGCUGGCAUGUCCCACGGCACGGACUCGAUCUCAUCUCACUCAUCACUGUGCGCGUUUGUGUAGGCUGUGGCUGGGGCGGGUGGGUUGGCGGAUUGUGAGAUGGCCGAGGGUAGCGAGGAGCCAUGUGUGCAGGGAGGAGAGGGUAGUGGUAAGCGUAGCAGCAAGGGCGGGGCCGUUGCCAGGGAGGGCAGCGAGGAGGGUAGCGAUGAGAUGGAUGACGCGGACAUGAUGGUCGCCACGCAGAAGGCUGUGACCGAUAUCAAAGGGGGCAGCGAGGAGGGUAGCGAUGAGAUGGAUGACGCGGACAUGAUGGUCGCCACGCAGAAGGCUGUGACCGAUAUCAAAGGGGGCAGCGAGGAGGGUAGCGAUGAGAUGGAUGACGCGGACAUGAUGGUCGCCACGCAGAAGGCUGUGACCGAUAUCAAAGGUGGGCGGUGGGCGGAGGGCGGUGGGGGAGGGGACACAUGGGACACAUUCUUGACGUUAUCGACGUCCGUCAGGCAAGUGUUUGGGCGGUGGGUUUCUGUCCAACCACUUCUUGGUCCACCUGGGCUCCAAGCUCGAGUACAUCGACAGACUCCUCAAGGUCAGGUCACUCACUGACUGACUCAACCAACCAACCAACCACACAACCACCACACCACACCCACGAAAAACCCCUGUGUUGUGUUGAUGAACGAACAUGGAUGUGAUGUGUCUGUGCAGUUGUGCGUUCGGAUGGGUGUGCACGCCGACGCCGCCGAUGACGUCUUUGGCAAAGACGAAUUCGGUGUCAACAGGUGCCUCAGGGACCGACUCAACAAUCUCGCGUACGCUCACACACACAGAAGGGAAACUCACUCGCUCGCCGUUCUGUUAAAACUUUGUCAAAUGAAUGCCUGGACGGAUGGACGGAUGGAUGGAUGUGUUGUGUUGUGUUGUGUUGUGACGUUCCUUUUGUGUGCAGGCUUGAGCGCAUCUUGCCGGCGGUUGUGUCGUCCUCUCCCUCGCAGGCCUGUCUGGACUUCCACCAGGACGGCUGGACCACCGUCGACGAGGCACUCACUGAGGAUGAGGUAAGUUAGUAAGGUGCGGAGGGUGGGGACACACCACACCACACGUGUGUCUGUCUGUGUGUGUGUGUGCAGGUGAAUGAGCUGCACGACUGUGUGGUGGACUCGUUCAACACGUACAUGCGCGAGAUCAACAGCCGCGACAGACACCACGUACUCGAGCAAGGCGGCUUCGACGUCAUCAAGAAACGGUCAUGCCAAGUCAUUGUCAGACCCAUAUCUAUCUGUCUGGGUGGGUGCCUGCCUGCUCAUGGGUUUGGUGUGUGCGCAGUGGGUACAACCGCUACGAUUUGACGAUCCCCAAGCUCAAGCAGCCUCAGUCGUUCCCCUGCCUGCACAGGACCGCCACCCGCGCGCCGCCCUGGCUGCCUCUCGUGGCUGAAAUACUCAACACAGGUGCCUGUUGACCAUCGAAUGCACCACACACACAUGCAUGUGUGUAUGUAUGUGUGUGUGUGUGCGUGUGUUGUCAGGUCGUGAGGACGGUCGUUGUGGUAUGUCCCAGGUGGAGCUCAAGCACGUGGGCUGCAUGCUCUCGCUGCCCAAGUCUGCCGACCAGGUACCAUACCAACACACCUGCAGGCACCGAGAUGGAUGGCCUGGUGCCCGUGUGUACGCGCGUGUGUGUGUGUGUGUGUGUGUGUCUGCAGAGCAUUCACACGGAUGGCCCUCACCUCAGCGAGGAGGAGCACCUCAGGUGGGUGGGUGGGUGGGUGGAUGGAGGGUGAAUGGCUGCAUCCGUCGGUUUGCUUGUGCGUGCGUGUGUGCAGGGCCCACUGCGUCAACGUGUUUGUGCCGCUGGAGGACAUCACCAAGAGCAUCGGACCCACAGGUGGGUGAGUGAGUCUGUCUACCCACCAGCCACUCCACUCACUGUACUGCCACACAUGACAUGCAUCACUCGAUCAGUCCCCCCUCUGUCUGCCUGUCUGCCUGUCUCCCUGUCUCCCUGCCUGUCUGCCUGUCAUUGUGUUGUGCAUUCAUUCAGAGCUGCAUCCCCGCUCGCAGUUUCUGUGGAGCUACUGGGGCGGGCAGCUGGACGGGGCCGAGGACCACCUGGCACCAGUGACCCCCUGCCUAAACAAGGGCGCCGCCCUCCUCUUCGACUACAGACUCAAGUAACCCAAGCCAACGGAGGGAGGGGAGGGCACUCACGUGCUGUGUCGUGUUGUGUGGGCCGCCGGGCGGAUUGGCCAUGAAAGGUGGUGUCUGUGUCUCUGUCUGUGUCUCUGUCUGUGUGCGUUGCGUUGCAGGCACCGUGGUCUGGCGAACAAGACGCAGCGUCUGCGGCCCGUCAUCUACCUCACCUACAGACGAAAAGGGGUACUGUACCGGCAUACAAGCACACACACACACACACACAACGAACAAGCAGCUCCGUGGAAUGCUCUGUCUGUCUGUCUGUCUGUGUGCAACACCAAAGGACAACUGGCUGGACAAGGACAACUUCCACCGUGGGCGGUUCCCCAAGCUGCUCACACAGACCACCGCCGCGAUGAAGGCGGAGAGCGAGAAAGCCGCAGACAGCAGACACAACUAGACGCAGACACACCGAUGGGGAGACAGAGACGCCGACAGAGAGAGAGAGAGGGAUGGUG